AUGGCAGCCGCAGAUCCCAGGUAUGCGCUGACUCUUUUUGAAAACUGGGACUGCAUUGGAGUGCGCACUCCAUUCGCCUGGGACGACGUGCACAAGCAGAUUUUGGAGGGCUUUGGAGGACCUGAUGGCCCGCAAUUUCGAGUACAUGCGGAUUUGCUGGCUUCCUUUGAGCAGGAUUUCGACAGCAGCUUGCAAGAGUGCCCCUUGGGAUCUGUGUACAUUGCAUUGGUGGGCAUGUAUAGCAUGAGGGACGGCCAGAUUGGUGAAUCUCAACAAGACAAGCUGGAAUCGAUUAGAAAGCAAGCCGAGAGGCUCAGCAUCAUGCUGGGACAAUUGCCUAUUUUGAUUAUCGCGGGCUCGCGCUGGCCUGUGCAUGAAGCUUUGCAGCACUUCCGACGCUGGCCACUGCCUUUUCACCAAACUCAUCAGACUUCACCUUUCGGCGAUUGCAAACAGGGUGCUACAGGAAUUGAUUGGCAGCAGUUAUUGGAGGUGUCAGGAAAGUGGAGCGAGCAAGGAAUGCUGGGCUUGGAUCCUGGGGAAGGUUCUUCCGAAUAUACCUCCACUAUCAUUGCCGCUUUGGAAAAGAUUGCUCAAGAUCCUUCAGCUAUCGGGGAUGCUGCACAAGAUGAGUGCACUCUGGGCUUCUUAUUUAUUUGCUUGGUUCAAACAGUUGCAGCUACUGCAAGACAAACCAGCACGCUGGAUGUUUGGGCAGUUGCAGUGGACAGCAUGCUGGGUUACGUGCCCUUUUUCACGAUCUCAAGUUCCCGAUGGCCAAUUUUUCAGGUCCUGGCGAUGCUCUCAAUAUUGUCCAAGGGUCCCGAAUAUGGCCAAGCGCUGCCAGGAUUCCAAUCUGACGUUUACAGAUGGGCAGGUGCUCAUCCAGUUUUCAAAAACUUCAGGGCUUUUGGCGACUUGAGACUGUCACGGGAUGAGAUCCUACCAUUCGGCGCAGACCAGGAGGCCCUCAUGUAUUCGCAGAUGCUCUCCCGCAUGGACGGGUUGCAGUGGCAAGCUGCCCUUGGUAACUGGAGGAUUACAGCCUCAUUGAGACCAGGUUUUAGAAAUGCAUUGGAUGCUGUCAUGCAAGCACUGAGGUCCUCUCUGCAUCCAGGGCAUGUAGAAUGUGGACACUCAGGAAUCUCAAGGGCGGACUGUAUCCAACGUGGAUGCUCGUGGCGAGAUUCUGUGCCGCAAGUACCAAGUUGUCAACGGAAGGUGGCCAAAAGGAAGCUGCUCCUCACAAGCUUUGUUUGGGGACAUGAAUGGUCUCGCAUGAUCCCACGCUUUAUUGCUUGGAUGCACAAGCUCAAGAUGGCGACAGUGUUGGUAUCGAUGGGCAAAUCCUGCCGCGAUGCCUGCACAAUCGCGGCCCAGGCGGUAGGUGGAUUUGGCAGUGGCCUGGUCACUUGCUGGGAUCCUUUCCUGGAAGAAGACUCGAGUGGUCUUGAGAAUGAGCAUGGUUCCAUUUUGCAGCGCCACGCCAUGAUCCACUUAUUGCUGCACUUGGGGGUAGAUGUGCUUGCUUUCGAUUUUGACACCUUCUGGUUUCAAGACGCGCGGGCUUACCUGGAAGAGAUUGCAGAUCACAAGAAGGCAGACGUGCUGAUGACAAAGCACCUUGAUUCAGACUGCCUCAACAUGGGGCUGCUUUACAUCCGCUCUUCUGCUCAGACUGCGAAAUGGUACACGAAGUAUUUUGCAUGGCUUCAUCUCCAUCCCUAUGAAGAUGAGCAGCGUGGGAUGAAUGCGUUGUUGGGCUUUACGAAACAGAAGGUAUCAUUUGCUCCUGAGAUGCCCCAGCUGGUCACUUUCGCGCUUGAUGAUGCCAAUGAGUUCGCGAGUAGCCGUGGUGGAUGGCUUGGAGAUUGGCACAACCUUCGCUUUUUUUCAUUGGGUGAACCCUGUUGA